AUGUUCUCGGAAAAUGCAGUAACUUUGGACACUCAGCUUUCCACUAACUUGGCCAAAUAUCACACAGCUCUAUCGAAAAUCUCAUCAAUAUCCCAGCUCUCAAAAUUGCAAACAGUUAUAGCCAAUGAUCAGACAGCUACACAGAAAUCUCUGGACGAGUAUUUGCAAACUUCACACAACAAGCUGAACCAAAAUGUGCGAAAAUUGGAACUGCAGAGAACCAAACUGACACAAACGUUGACGAAGCUGCACCAUGCAUUGGAGGAUAUUUUCCUUUCCAAGGAUCUUGCUGUGGCAAUCUCCGCGCGCAUAAAAUCCGUGGAUCGUGAACGCAAAUUGGUAGUCCAAACCCUUCAAUUCGUGAAUCAUAUACAGGUCCUCAAACGUAAUGUUCUGACCGUCCAUGAAGCGAUAGAACGUUCAGAUAAUAAACUCGCCGCCACGGGUAUCGACACAAUCCUCAACUUACCGCCAAACGUUAUCGAAUCUAGGUUUGCUGCAAAAGUGGUGCCUUCGGCGGAAAUCCCAGAAAAUCCGGCCGAUCUUGUGAAACUUUGGACCGCAGCUUUGGCCAAAAACUUCCAGGAUAAAUUUGAACGUGCAGCUGACAGUCAAAACAUUGAAGAGCUGACUUCCGUUUUCCAGCUGUUUCCUUUGAUAAGAAAAUCUGAGCUGGGACUAGAUCUCUACUCGAAGUAUGUUUGCAACAUAAUAUCAACCCAAAGUCGCAAAAUAAUGACCGGCUCAACGCCCACCAAUACGCAAUUUUAUGCCAAAGCUUUGUUGCAUCUUUUCAAAAUUGUUUCAACCAUAAUCAAUGAGCAUUCUAAGAUCAUUGCAGAAUGUUAUGGUAAGCAACACAUGGUUCACAUCAUGACUAAAGUUCAGCGCGAGGCGGAUAUGCAAGCUGGUCUGAUUCUAGAUAGCUUUUUGGAGGCUAGAAAUUUCGACGGGCUUCUGGAAGCUAUAAGGGAAUUUGAAAGAUCGGCAAACGCCCCAGAAGAAACUAAAAGUGAAGCUCCGUCUAUUGCGAGUAUUUCGAGCACGUUGAGUGAGUACUCUACGAUACUGCAAAAUUGGUCAAUGUACUGCAGGUUUUUCGCGCUAAAGUGGUACGAAUUUAGCGACAUCCAGGUGUCAGAUGGAAAAUUAGAACUACCGUCGCCAAUAUCAAAAGGCAAUUUCUAUUUGAAGAUUCACGGCACUGGUUUCUUGGACGGGUUCAAGAAACUCAUGGAUCACUAUUUGCAUAGUUCGUUUGCUAAAAUGGUCUCUUUGGAGUCUCUGCCCCCGCUCAAUCAAUUCAUCACCAAAAAGCCGUACAAACAUGAUGAUAUUUCAAGUUAUGCGUUUUCAUCCAUCGUUGAAGAUCUGACUCUUCUCUUGAGAACCUGUCUCAUCUUAAAUGUCAAUACCGGCCAGAGCUCUUUAAUGAGUGAUUUCUUGGGCAUAUUGAAAAGGUUUUUGCAGAACGAAUAUCUCAUGAAAUUUCUACAACAUAAUUUGCGGCUUCUACAGCCUCGGCUUGUUAGUGCUGUGGGUCUCAAACAAUACAUUCCUCACUCAGACUCCAAUAGUACGUCGCGGGCAGCUUCGCCCGGUGUCAUUGAUCCAUCAAAACUUUCGAAUCUGAGGUUCAAUUUAAAAGGAGCCGCUUCCAGUGCGUUUUCCAACAUUCAAUCCAAUCUACAAGCCGUUUAUGCCGACGAGGACUCUGUGCUCAAGCUCCAUCAUUAUCUGGUUUAUGUCAACACGUUAGGCGUCGGACGCGAAUUCUUGCAAAGACUGCUCACGAAGGAGUUGCUACAGGACAAUCCCAAACUCUUGUGUGAUAAUUUUCCCUUCGAGCUCGAGGCCCAAACGCUGCACGAAGCAGUAGAGGCAGCUGAGUCAAACUUAUUAGUUCAGAACGAUAAAUUGCUGAACUGGGCUGUAAAGCAGCUUUUUGAAAACAUCUUGCAGCCCAAAGUGCGCAAAAUGCUGGGAUCACUUUUCAUACAGGGCCCUGACGAUGAGUAUGUCUGUAGCGCUGUGGACUUUGAAGAUAUGUCGAAUUUGCAGCAGUUUGGAGUGGACUGGAACAAUACCAUGAUUCCUUAUUCCAACGUCUUAUACAAGCGAUGCCAUGUGCAACUUCUGAGCUGCAUUGUCGAUUUCGUGGUUGCUCAGAUCGGCACCCGUUUGUGGAACCUUCAGGUCAACGAAUUGGGCACCAUCAAGCUCGACCGUGAGUUGAGUUCCCUGAUAGCCAUUGUGUGCGAAGACCAGUACGCAUUGCGCGAGAAAUUCACGAAACUCUCGCAAAUUGUACUGGUGAUGGGCCUGGAAGACGACGACUUCGAUCCUGUUACCCGCGAUGUCAAACCUGAGAUCAUCAGCGACAUAAACUGGGCCUUGACACCCGCUGAGCGUACUCGUGCCCAAGGUCUGCGCGUCGACGGCCGUCGGUAA